UUGUCUUGUCAGUCCCACGUAAAAAUCUGGAUUUUAAUUAAAAUAAAUUAAUAAAAGGCUUUAAAUUUUAUUUAAAAGAUUAUGGAAGAUGUAAAUUAUUCAACCCUUGAAAUUUUCAUCGUGUAAAAUCCUAUUACCUAAGUGAUGACGUUGAAUAAGGACUAUGUAACCUUAAAAGUGCAAAAAGUCAAUAGAAACAAACUUUGUCGUCUCAUUGUUUGAUUUUUAUCACCACCACAAGCAAACAACUUUGAUAUGUCACAUUUCGGUGAUUUCAUGGACGGCGUUCCCGUUAAAAUAUCAGAGAAGUACAAACGACCUCCUUCAAUCGAAUUGCCUUAUAGCGUAAGCGAAUGUCCACAGCGAGCCAGAAAUGUCGUCGAAAGCGUUAAAUAUUGCUCAACCUUCGAGACGAACGUGCUCGCCAAGCUUAAGGAGCUCAGGAGUGCGAAAGAGACGAAGAAAAAUGAGUGGAGGCAUCGCUUGCAGCUGCUGCAGGAGGCCAAACAAAAGAAACUGGACGCGAUCGCGGCCGCCGAGGCCGAGGAGAAGCUCAAGCAGCUGAGCGUGUCUGAAGUGUCCUACCCUAGCACCGACGAGAUCAGUGCUCUGUCGCUUGACGACAAGGCUGAGCACACCUGUGAUACCACCCACAAACAAGAUAGCCCUGAGAUAAUAGAGACAACCAAUGAACUCACCUAUCCCUCCUGUAGCAACGCACAAGAAUCCCAGCCGAACAUCCUCCAGCCCAUUCAGGUGCAGACGAGCUACCAUCAAAACAGCCUCCUGGAUGAUCCAGAUCCCUUGCAAGAGUUAAAGAUGACUGCUAAAAUAACUAAGAUGCCACAGUAUAGUAAUAUAGACAUGUUGACUUAUAAAGAUUUUGAAAAUGAUACCUCGAGUCCGUUUGAUAAUGUUGAACUGAAGACAAUAAAUGAUAUGGAACUGUUAGCUCAAGUGUUACAAAGCCAGAGAGAUUCCUCCACGAGUCAACCACAGACCUAUGUGCCGGAAACAUAUACAAACUUGCCUAACUGUGCAUCCCAAGCGCACUUGGAGGCUAUGACGUAUUUGCCUAAUUCAUACAAUAUGGAGCAGCCAAUUCAGGGUCAAAGUGUCAUGUAUUUGCCCCAACAUUAUCCUGUUUCAAAUGGUUACUAUGUACCAGCAGAAAGCACCUGUGAUAACCCUAUGCCAAUGGAAAAUAUGAAUAUGUACAUGCCAAAUUACCAAUAUUAUGUUCCUACAAAUCCAUAUCCCACAGUGGAUCCCACAUAUUAUGGCAACCAACUACCAACAACAUCAGAUUUGAAUCCAGCAGCGAAUGGCUCCACUUACAUACCCCAACCAUAUUAUUUCCAAGUUCCUCAAAUACCAUAUUCUCCAGAAAACUCAGGUUACAGCACCAUACCAGAGCAAACUGUUCCGGUUAAUAGUCAUAAUGAGUCAACUAACUCCCAAAGCACUAUUAAGUCAAGAUCUAGAAGUGUGCCUGAUAUAGUUCGCGAGCUAAAUGAAGAGUUAGCAUCGGCUAAAUUAAGAUCAAAUGAGAGAUCAUGCACUACAAGUCCUGCUCCUAAAAACAUCCAGAAUGUUCCUCGUUCCUCUUUCAGCAGCGACAAGAAAGAGGAAAGGAGAAGUAGAAGGAAGUCUGAGAGACUGCCCAAUCCGUUUGAUAAGUUGCCAGCUCAGCAACAGAGUAUGUGUCAAAAGAUUCAUGGAAUGGGAUUCCCACUUGACAGGGUGGCAAGAGUUUGUGGCCUUUUAGGUGAUAAUGACAAAAAGGUGAUCGAAGGACUUUUAAUACUCGGUGAUUUGAUGGACCUUGGUUUCUCGGAGGGAAGAGUACUGGGAGCACUGGCCAAGCAUGAGUUCAACAGGGACAAAGCACUGGAUGAGCUGGUAUCGUAAUCGAGGGCAGUGUUAAGUAAGGGAUCAACUUGACUAACUUUUCCUAAAUCAAAGUCUUUGAUUUAAAAAGUUUUCAACUGAAGAUUAAGAAUUGAUUGUGAAAUUCAGGGUUGAUUAUUUAUUUAGUCUGUUGAAGUUCUUAUAUCAUAAACCUUUGAAUACACUCUAAACACUGCCUUGAAAUAUUAAAAUUGUAUGAUAAUUAUAAUAUGUAUAGUAUUAGUAUUCACUGCUGCAUUGUGGCCUUUAAUUUUGACAGGUCUAAUUGUUAUCUGGUUUCAUGUUAAAGACAGUUAUCUGGCUAUUGGAUCCUAACAUUAUGAAUAUUCAUCUGUAUCAAUAUUCAAAAGACUAUUUGAGAUAUCAAAAUCUACUUUCUGAAAAGCAUUUCCAUGUUACAUUGUCACAUACUCAUGGAUAGUUGAUAUUUAUACAAAUAUGUGAUACCUACUUUAUUAUAACAAAGAAGAUAACAAUGUCAACAAAAUAAUAUCACAAAUCUGGAUUUUUCCAAGUCCUAUAUAAACUAUGUAUAUUUUACAUAAUAUUAUGAUUAAAGUAAGAAGAAAAGAGCUGGAAAAGUGUAGGUUUAUCUGUGAAUAAUAAAAAAAACUCGUAAAUGUUACUACAACAAUAGAAAAAAUGUUACAAUGGAAAUUAUAAAAUUGGACAGUGAUUAAAACUAUAAAACAUAGCUAAACGUAUGGCGCCCAUAUUGUAUCCAAUCUGAAAUUAAAGAGACUUUUACUAAGUCAAAAGUUUUUCGAUAUGUAGGUACUGAAUAAAAAAAAAAUUAAGACAAUUUAUAAGUUAUCAUAUCAUAAAAAAAAUUCUUCUUUUUCGUUAUCUAUCUUCUUUUUUUCUUUUCAUAAUGUUGAUAUAUUUAUGUAUACGCGUCAAAUCAGAUGAACGACGGGUCAUCAAGGAAAAUGAAUAGUUGUAAUGGCAACUGUGCUAUUUCGAAAACAAAAUGGGCGCUUUCCAGACCUCAUGGUUACUCAAAAGUUUGCAAAGCUAUUGGAGGUAGAAUUAAAUUUUGUAUUUUCGGUUUUGCAGAAUAAAAUAUGUUAUAAGUAUUUCCUGCCUUUCUAAAUAGAAAAGACUUAUGCGUGUUUGUUGAAUAGAUAGUGUAGUUUGCUGAUGUAAAUGAUUGAAUAAAAUAUCUUAUGUAUGUAUGUAGAUCUUUAUGUAAAUAUUUUUCAACAGAGAAAUGAUAAAUAUAAAUAUAAAAAAUAUGGAGCUAUCUUUAGGCGGUUGUUUCUCAAAUUAACACUAUUGUUAAAAUAAAAGAAAAAAUAAAAAUAGUAAUAAAUGUCUGAGAAACAAUGCUUUAAUCCGCGGAAUUAAAAUAAAUGAAAGUAGGUCGUUUUUACUAGGAUUUCUCGAAAUCAGAAGUGAGGAAAAUGCUUCCAGUGAUUUGGGAAUAGAUAGGACAGAAAAAGUGCAUUCUUCUGACGGAAUUAGACACUUCUGUAACAUUUGUAAAUAAAUAAUAGAGGGCUUCAUAGAGAAAGUGAUAAAUGAAAAUAAUAUAUUUAUUUAUGUAUUGAAGAGAAUAUUGUAAGAUUCUUUCAGUUUUCAGAACACUUUAAUUAAUGGCUGUUUGGCCUUGCAGUUGGAGUAAUGGACCACAUGGGUUCGAAUCCCAUGGCGGACAAAUGUUAGUCUCAUGAGCACUAACAUUUUCAAAAUAAUUAUGUUAUUUAAGCAAGUUGUAAUAAAUGUAUAUUGUGAAAGGAUCUGCCAAACGAAAGUAAAAAUCGACAGCAGUAUUUUGUAUUUUUAUUAAACAAAUGUUUGCAUUUAUUGUUUUAAUUGCAAUUUGGUUAUAAUAGAAAUGCACUUAGAUUUGUUAUAAAUUUAUGUCCAGUGGUUGUAGAAUUUAAUGUAAGCAACCAUUAUGGCUUAUUUUUGCCUGGUUCUAUCGAUUUUAAAUUAAAAAGCACUAUUUUCUGCUUUUAAAAACAAGCACAUUCCGCGUGGAUCCGUGCAAUUUUUUAAACGUUAUUGAAAUAAUCUAUGUAUUAAUUAAUGUGAUUUUAAAAACCUAAAAAAUACACUCAAAUAGAUUUAUUUAUUUUCUUAUAAAUUAAAGCACUUGCACGCUUUUGUUGUUUAGAAAAAUUACUUUCCUUGCAAUUAUUUGUAUUAUUACUUGUAAUUUUACAGUGGUGCUACGAUUCUACGAGUCUCUGCCUGUCUAUUAUGAAAUUUCACUGAAAAUCUUAUUCUAACCACUAAUAGUAAAUUAAAAUUUGGCCUAGUAAUUAGAAAUUCUAAAAUACGUAGGCAGUAACGUCGUAGCAGCACUGCAAUAUUACCGUUCAAAAUAUGACGUCGCUGAAAAAUAAAAAGUAAAGUUAAAAAUCACAUGAUAGUUAAUGGAACUUUGUCACACUGUACCGUCAAUGGCUAAUUUGCUGAUUACGAACAAAAGUCUAAAAUAACCCUCCUUCUGGCGCAGUCGGGUAAAAAGAAAGAUUCUGUCCCGUGCGCGCGCGCCGUUCUUUUUCUUUCAUUAUAAAUACCCUCAUUAAAUAAUAAAAUUAAAAUCUACCUCCAAUCUUUUUUCUUAUGACUACAAGUAAAACUGAAUUGUUUUAGAACGAAAGCUUUCACAUAUAAAUACUUAUGAAUUUAUAGUCCAGUUAAUUUGUGGAAGUGAUUAGCGUCCAUUACUAUUAUUGUAACAUUAUGGAUGCAAUAAACAAUUGAGUAUUGUCAAUUUAUUCAGAAGUCCAGUUCCGUAUUCAGGUACAUACAUAAAUUCAUUUUAAAACUAAAUAUGACUUGUAUUGAAUUUUAACUUAAAUGGACUAUAAUUUAUGAGUUUGUUUGUAUCGUAUUUGCAAUAAAUAAACAAACAAAAUCAAACACUGAUGAGUGGUGAUCGAUUUGGCGCAGUGGUUGAAACAAUUGACAACUUUCAAAAAUCAAAGGUACAUUUACAUCACCUUAAUCUUGUUUUUUGAGAAUUUUUGGUUUCUGUAUGUUCUCUAGUUGACUAAAUUCAGUACACUGUGCAAGGUAUACUCUUGUGCAGUGGUACAGAACCCUUGGCGUGAUAAGCAUUUUGCCGGAUUUUUCGGUGAAAGGGGAGAUUUGUUAAGGAGGUUGUGUAGUCAACUUUUUGGCCUCUUUAUUUGACAAUGACUGUACAGUCGACAGCACAACAGACAUACAUUUUUAAAAAUAGAGCUAAAAAUAAAGCUAGAUUUUGAUUUUUUUAAAUGUAGUCUGUUGUGCUGCAACCUGUGUUGCUAACUUUUUGGCUACUUUGGGUGUCACGAACUAUUUGUCGCUGACUGUACCUAAUGCAAAACCAAUAACUAUCUUUUAACAGGUCAAUGAACCUCAGGCAAUCUACUUGCCGGUUAAGCCAAGGCUCAAGUUUGCUCAUUCUGUUAGCUUCUUCUUCUUUUCGUGUCGCCAACAAACCUACACAGUGUCAGCCCAAAACUCCGCCACAAGUGUGUCUGUGUCGUUGUCAGCAGCACUCAUCAAAUCCUCCUGAGUGCAGAUGCUUGGGCACUCAGGGCACGACAUCAGGUGCUUCAUCGACUGGGGAACAAAACCGCACCUGCACUCCAUGUUUAAGCCAUCCAAGAAUCCCCACCUGACCAGAUUAUCCUUACUACGGCCAACCUGCGUCCGAAGUCUAUUUAAAGACUUCUAGGGUAAGCCAGGGGAUCUUAUGUCCAGGUGGAGGACUCUCAGACAUAGGGACAAAAGGGCAGGCUUAAAACUCCCAAUAACUAUCUUUUAACAGAUCAAUGAACCUUAGGCAACCUACUUGCCGGUUAAGCCAAGGCUCAAGUUUGCUCAUUUUGUUAGCUAAAGCUAAACGAGAAGGGCUUUUGCUUCCAUAUUUAGUACUUAUGUACGGACGAUAGCACGUUAGUUAAUACACCGGCAUCUUAUAUCGUUGUAAUAGGUACUACUUUGCGACAAAAAUGGUGCAUGGACAAAAAUGGGCGACUGUACGUACUCAACAUGAGGAAAAUGGUCUUGGAAAUAAACAUGCAACUUUUUAAAUAAAAAUUUAGCCAUUGCACGGUUCAGUAGACGUUAAAAUCGGCAUUUUAUUUAACUAAGUACUGUUUGUGUUGUAACUGACUUUGUAGCUGAUUUGAGUAAAGAAAAAAUCUGUUGUGGUCAUGUCAAUGAUGCCCACCACCAUUUAUGUACCACUACGAUUUGAUCAGUAAAAUGGAAUAAGAGAUAGAUACUAGCAGCAAUAAUAGUAUUGUUUAUUUAUUCGUUUCGUAAAUAAAUCUUCAGUAAAUAAACCUAUUAUUAAACUGCGUGAUCGAUCAUGUCUGUAAUAAUAAUUAUUUUUGUAAUCAACAGAUAUUAAAUGGAGAGUAAUUAAUAUUCAACUAUCAACACUUCAGUUUGUUGCAAAUGUUUUAUUUAUUUAUUCUAGUGUUAGUGAGAGUUAGCGGUAAAUUGUAAGCAAAGGCUUGAUGGUAGGCGCGAGUGAAAUUUUAUACAGCUUCUGAAGGGUUAUGUAUAAAAAUAAAUUGAAUAUUUUUAA